AUAGCAACGGAAUUUUUUUACUACUUAUAAGCAUUAAGUUUAUAAAAGAAUGAUUUAGUUUUUUUAUGAAGAACAACCAUGAAAUGUAUUUGUCAAAUAUGCUCUUGCGGAAGGCAUCGCUGUCUUCAUUACAUUCCUUCACGUCUUCGUAAGCAACAAACACAGCCAUGUAUAUUAACAACGGAGUAUUCAGAAGAAUAUAUGAGGAGCUCACCAAAUGCUCGCCAAACAAUUACUCGUCCUUCAGAUCAUUUACGUCCUGGCGGUGAACAUGACCACAAAACUACUACUCAUGAAACAUAUUUGCCCCAUCAAGUUAAAGGUCGAGUUUUGAUACGUGUUAAAGAUCAAAUUGAAACUCCGAGUGAGGAAAUGCAGAAAGAUUCAGAGUAUAAACUAAAGUAUAAAGUAAAUGGAAGAGGUGAGACCGCGCAUUAUCAGAGAAAUCGUAAAACUCAGCUUUAUGAUAGUAACGGUGAGCCAAUAGAUCAGUCUGUAAUGAAAAAUGAUUAUGUUCCUAGAAAGAAUUGGGUAAAACCUGUAAAACAUGGUCCUAAAGAUAAUUUAAAUCCAGUAGCAACUCCGUUUGAUUCUAGGACAACAAAUCAAGAAGAUUUUACUCAUCAUAAAGACGUCCAAAAAUCUCGUGUAAUUAGGCGGUCUGACGACGCUUUGAAAAGCAACGAUCCAUUUGAUGGUGACACUACUAACAGUGCGACGUACAAAAAAUGGGAUGUUCCAAGACAAAAAUCCGGCAGGCCCUUGUCUAGUUUAAGGCCGCGAUCUGGUAAAGUCGACUAUCAUACAACAACCGAUAGUUAUUUUCAGUUCGGUGAAAAAAAUGAAAGAACAAAAGGCGUACGACCGAAGUCUAAUCUUGGACGAAAAGAUGGACAAUUUGAAAGUGAUACUACAUACAGUAAGAAUUAUCUGCCGCAUAGCAUGACAGGUAGAGCAAUGAGACAUAAAACAGCUAAAUGGGAAUCGCCUAAAACUCCAUUUGAUGGUACGACUGAAUCUACUGAAAACUACAGAGCGCAUACUGCUCAACCUUUGCGAUUUUCUAAAAGACAAAGUAAUCUUCGAUCAGACGAAGCGCCGUUUGAUUCAACAAGUUUGUAUACAGAUGAGUAUGGAUACAAAAAACUUCCGGACUGCCAGUCAGCAAAGAUAGUCAAUAGUAAUUUUGAUGGCUAUAAAAUUUACGAUGAUUUCAAUUCAGGACAUAGAUUUUUAGCAAAGAUAGAACAAACCGAGCAAGACAUAAAUAAAAUUAAUAUUGGCGGUGGAUCGGCACCUCUUCCUCCUAUCUCAUCGCAAGAUUUUUAAACUAAGUAUAAGAAAAUUAUAUAUAAAUGAAUAGUUACAUUUUUUUUUCAUUAUUAUUAUUUUUUCAAUAUUGCACUCAAUUUAACUUUUAUAAUGUAAUAAAUUAUUACGUCAUCUAAAAUAUGUUAAAUUAUUUAAAUAAUUUGAUCUAUUUUGACAUUAAAUUCUAAACAUCUAUUGUGGUUCAUUAAUUUUUAAUAGAAUUUCACUGGCUA